AUUUCAUGCUCGCUCGCUCUCGCUUCCAUGUUUGUUCGUGGUCAUUUUGCAUUUUUGUUAGUUUUUCAAUAAAGUCAUUCAAUUAGUGGUUUCUUUAUAUAAUAAGUGUGUGAUUAAUGAAAUUAUUGGAUUCUCGGCGACCUUUUGAGGAUUUGUCGCCCUUUACGAGUGCUUAACGGAAAUAUAUCAACAGGGAGGGCAAUGUCGACAAACAGGAGCGGAGCGGCGGCGCGGGGCAACGGCGCGCCGCAGACCAAGGUGUGCCAGUUCAAGCUGGUGCUGCUAGGGGAGUCGGCGGUGGGCAAAUCGUCGCUGGUGCUGCGCUUCGUGAAGGGCCAGUUCCACGAGUACCAGGAGAGCACCAUCGGCGCCGCCUUCCUCACGCAGACGCUCUGCCUCGACGACACCACCGUUAAGUUCGAGAUAUGGGACACAGCGGGGCAGGAAAGGUAUCACAGUUUAGCGCCAAUGUACUACCGGGGCGCGCAGGCGGCCAUCGUAGUCUACGACAUUACUAAUCAGGACACAUUUGGUCGUGCGAAGAACUGGGUGAAGGAGCUGCAGCGGCAGGCGUCGCCGUCGAUCGUGAUAGCGCUGGCGGGCAACAAGAGCGACCUGGCCGCCAAGCGCAUGGUCGAGUUCGACGAGGCGCAGGCCUACGCCGACGAGAACGGCCUGCUGUUCAUGGAGACCAGCGCCAAGACCGCCAUGAACGUCAACGAUAUAUUCCUAGCUAUCGCGAACAAGUUACCAAAGAGCGAGAGCGGCGGCGGCGGCGGCGGCGCGGGCGGCGCGCGCCGGCUCGUGGACGACGCGCCGCGCGCCUCUUCCUGCUGCAAGUGAUACGAGAAGAUGACAUCGCAAAAAGGUGUGCGCGCGCGCGGCGGCUGAGAUGCCGCGGCGGAGCUCGUCACUCGCGGACUGUACACAUCACGCCUACUUCGUUUCAACGUACCCCAUUACCCCACAUCCGUUCAUCUCCACCUCCCCACUCCCCGGGCCGGGAACUUCGCUUAGUACUUUACCCCUCCCCCUCGUUCAUCCCUCCGCCCCCUCACAUAAGUCCCCCCGCCUCCGAUUAUUUUCCUUCUCGUUUGCCGUCCCCGCGAAUUUUAGUUCAAACGUACCGUUAGACGAGUAGAGUACGACUCGUAGUUAUUUUUACGCUAAUCAUUCUACGCGAGAUGUUUUACAUUAAUAAUAAUUAUAUAAAUAUAAUGUAUAUUAUCUAUGUAAUUGUACGAUAUAAGGGAAGUGUAGGUGAGAUACGGCAGUUAUAUUUACAGUUGUGAACGCAUUCCAGGGGCCGCGCGGCGGGCGGAGCGGCGGGCUACUCGCUCCUUGUACAAAAUGAAAUUCAAUUUCUAAAUAAAAUAUUUACAAUCGAGCCGAUCCUCCAGACGCCCCGCCCCCCGCGCCGGCCCCCGUACGAGGAACAUUUAAAAAGUUCUCGGUUUGUAAAUAAAGACUGGAUAUAGGAUAUAUCUCGAGCUAAUCCUCAUUAGUACCACGUUUAACUCCUCCCACUCAGUACGCGGCCCUCGUCCCCACGAGCGUUUUUUUAUCGCGCUAUACUCGAAACGCCCGUGAGAUCGAGGGCCCGCUCACGCCUGUCACAGCCUGUGCGAGUUAGUAAGUCAUUGUCCUAGACUAGAUUAGAUGAAUUUGUAAAUCGAGAUGGAAGGGUUUUUAUUGUACUCGUUCCCUUAUCUACUUACUCGGCUUAUCGCCGACGCUUCGUCCGCCCGGAUUGCGCGAGGGCCCGGUUUACUGGUCGCUAGCGUGCAACUCAAGAAUAUCAUUCCACGUUGCUUUAUCUUGAGCUUUUUAAAUGUUCCGCGCGUUGUGUGGCCGCGGGAGGCCGCGUCGUCGAGUCCGCGUCGCCGGUACGACACGGCGGCCGCUCGCACGCCCACUCCGCGAGCCGGGAGAGUGCGAUAGAGCCAGAUGCAAAAUAACGCUUUGCCGUUUGACGAGCGAGACAGUAAAUCUAUCGGCUGCUCUCUCGCGGUUCGCUGCGUCGGUGUCCGAGCGGCCGGAGCACUUCUAGAGAUUAUAAAAUUAGUGGUAUCAUAUUGGCGGCGAAUUAUUAUUAUAAUGUUAUUUGUAUGUUGAACCGUUUAUCGUCCCUAGGAAACUUAUUUUUUUACUCUUUCAUUGUAAUAUUCGUGUUAAUCGUUAGUCGAUAGGUACUAGUGAUUUUGGCGUCCCGACAUUAAAUAUCAGGAGAAAAAUGAACCUAAAAUUGCAACAGGAGAAUCUAAUUUCUCUGUUUUUCGGGCGUCGUGACUCGCGGCGGGCUCGCUCGAUAGGACGACUCCGUUUUUAUUUAUUUAACAUAGGCCAAAGGCCAGGAUCUGGGCCGAAAAAUACACGAUAAUAACGUCUAAAUAAAUAUUGUUAUAAUAUAUAAAAAUUAAAAGGAUACGGUAGUGUUUAAUCGCCUAGAAUAAGAGCAUCGAAUGUGGGCCCCGUUAAUGUUGUAUGAUUCGAUCUCCUUGCGAUCGCUGCACGCUCCGAAGUCCGAACGUUCGGACGACACUCGACGACGCGGCCGGCGGCGAGCGAGUGUCCUGGCGCUUGUCGACGCUUCUACAUUAUACAAGAUAUGCAUUUUAAUUUGAAUGAAUUGAACCCUACGGUUUGUUAUUAUACGUCGAGCGCUCGCGCCCGAGCGCUAUCGUUUUAUGGUUAUAGUGUGAUGCCGAGGGCAGAAUUGAGACGGCGAAUUAUUAAAACCGGUGCACGGAUCGUCUACAAUCAAAUAUACAACAUAGAUCGCGCCCGAUGUCUUUCGAUUCCCCGUCUCAAAGCUGCGAUACGGGCAUGUAUCUAUCUUAUAUUAGGUUAAUUUGAGUUUUUCAAGUACACGUUCGAACAGCAAAAAUGGCGUCACCACAAAAUGUGCAAUACGCGCGGCACUGCUUCUAGUAGCUAAUAUUCGUUUCGAUCGACGCGACCGGAGCGUCAGGAGCGGUGGCCGAGGACUUACUAUAAGAGUAGUGUAGAUCUAUUACUGGAUUUUAUUUGUUGUAAUCACGAUAUACCCAGGCGAGAGGACGUUGAUCAAAAUCAUAUAGUAUGUUUUUGUAUUGUGUAAAUAUUUUGGAUUUAUUAAGAUUAUUAUAUUGAAUAAAAAAAUAUUGUAAAUGGA